UGUGGGGAAGUGAUCACUUUGGAGAUGCUGACCAAGUUCGAGUCCAAGAGCAACCGCGUCAAGGGACUGUGCUUCCAUCCUUCGCGUCCUUGGGUGCUCACGUCGCUGCAUAAUGGUGUAAUCCAGCUCUGGGACUUCCGCAUGGGAACCCUCAUCGAUCGCUUUGACGAGCAUGACGGCCCUGUGCGCAGCGUCGACUUCCACAAGACUCAGCCGCUCUUUGUUUCGGGUGGGGACGACUACAAGAUCAAGGUUUGGGAUUACAAGCUUCGUCGGUGUCUCUUUACGCUGCUGGGUCAUUUGGACUACAUCCGCACGGUCCAAUUCCACCAUGAGUACCCGUGGAUCGUUUCGUGUUCCGACGACCAGACUAUUCGCAUUUGGAACUGGCAGUCGCGGUCGUGUGUGUCGGUGCUCACGGGUCACAACCACUACGUCAUGAGCUGUCAAUUCCACCCAAAGGAAGACCUUAUUGUCUCGGCCUCGUUGGAUCAAACUGUGCGUGUGUGGGAUACGACAGGAUUGCGCAAAAAGACUGUCCGCGGCGCGCCAUCGUCCCUCGAAGACUCGAUUCCCGUUCCGAGCCCUCACGGACUUGGACGAUCCGGAACUGAUAUCUUUGGUGCCACGGACGCCGUCGUCAAGUACGUGUUGGAAGGUCAUGACCGUGGCGUGAACUGGGCGUCGUUCCAUCCGACGCUGCCAUUGAUCGUGUCGGGGUCAGACGAUCGACAAGUCAAGCUCUGGCGCAUGAACGACACCAAGGCAUGGGAAGUGGACACGAUGCGCGGCCACACCAACAACGUGUCGUGCGUCAUCUUCCAUCCACGUCAGGAGCUGAUCAUAUCCAACUCUGAAGAUCGCAGCAUCCGCGUGUGGGACAUUGCAAAGCGCAUGGGGUUGCAAACAUUCCGCCGGGAAAACGAUCGGUUCUGGAUGCUCCAAGCGCACCCGACGCAGAAUCUGCUCGCGGCCGGUCACGAUUCCGGCAUGAUUGUGUUCAAGCUCGAGCGCGAACGCCCUGCCCUCGACUUGGUCGAGAACGGCGUGCUGUACGUGAAGGACCGCUACGUCCGCAAGUACCACUUUGGCACGGGCAGCGACAACCCGGUCGCGACGAUUCGUCGCGCGGGGGGUGGCCAGGUCGGCCAGUUGCCUCGGUACAUGCAUUUCAAUCCGUACGACCCGCCGAACGCGACGUCCAACUCGAUUCUGCUCACGAGCGAUGUCGAAGGUGGGUCCUACGACCUCGUUACGUUCACGCCGACAAACAACGACGUGUCCGAUUCGACCCGCGGCACGGCAUUGUAUGCAGUGUUUGUCGCCCGUCAGCGCUUUGCCGUCCUGGACAAGUCCCGUCACUUGGUCAUCAAGAACUUGCAAAACGAAAUCGUCAAGAAGAUCACACCACCCAACGGCACGACGGACGCCCUGUUCCCCGGCGGCACCGUCGGUCGCGUGCUUCUCCGCAUCGACGACAAGAUUGUGCUGUACGACACGGACAGCCGCCGCGUUCUUGCCGACGUCGUCGCUCCCCGCGUCAAGUACGUGGUGUGGAGCGCCUCGGGCGAGUACGUUGCCCUCCUCUCCAAGCACUCUGUCUACAUUGCCGACAAGCAGCUCAAGCAUCUGUGCACCGUGACUGAAGUCGUUAAGGUCAAGAGUGGCGUGUGGGGCCCGACCAACGUGUUUGUGUAUACGACGCAGAACCACAUCAAGUAUGCGCUGACGAACGGCGACAGCGGCCUCAUCCGCACACUUGAAGCGCCCGUGUACCUGACGCACUUAGUCGAGUCGAAGCUGUACGCGCUCGACCGCGACGCCAAGAUGCGCAUCUUGCAAAUUGACUUGACCGAAUGCGAAUUCAAGCUCGCCCUUGCCGCCAAGCAAUUUACGACCGUCAUGCGCAUGGUCAAGCACUCGCGGCUAUGCGGCCAAGCCAUCAUCACGUACCUCACGCAAAAGGGGUACCCCGAAGUGGCGCUGCAUUUCGUCAACGAUGACAAAACGCGGUUCAAACUCGCCAUCUCGUGCGGCAAUUUGGAGGUCGCACUCAACUCGGCCUACGAAUUGGACGACGCCAAGUGCUGGCACCAGCUCGGCGUCGAGGCGCUUCGCCAGGGCAACAUUCAAGUCGUCGAAAUGGCGUACCAGCGCACGAAAAACUUUGAACGCCUCUCGUUCCUCUACUUGAUCACGGGCAAUCGCGACAAGCUCAAGAAGAUGCUCAAGAUCGCCGAACUUCGCCAGGACAUCAUGUCGCGAUUCCACAAUGCGUUGUACCUUGGCGAUGUUCCGGAACGCGUCGUCGCGCUCGAAGCUGCCGGUCAGCACGCGCUGGCUCUCCUCACUGCCGCAACGCAUGGCCUCGACGACCACGUCGCCCGCCUUCGCGCUCAUUUUGAAGCGCACGACCCAUCCUUCGACGUGGCGGCAUUUUUGGCUCGCGAAAUCCUCCCCGACGCUGCACUGCUCUUGCCGGCGUCGUCGGUCAGCGAUUUGACCCAAGAAAACUGGCCUCUCGUGCAGCUCAGUGAACCCACCAUGACCGACCACGCCGCAGCUGCUGACGCCCAAGUGAGCCGAACUACGUUGUACGAUGAGCAGCAACAGCAGCAACACCCCCAACCAGCACAAACUUCCGACUCGACCGCCACCGCUCGUCGCGCGUCGGACGAUUUCCUGGCAGAAGCGGAUGCAGGCGCUUGGGACGACGAAGACGACGGGCUCUUCAGUGACGGAGAGGAACGACCGUCGGUAGACGGCGGGGAUAUGUUCCAUGACCACUCGACCUCGUCGGCCUCGGACUUUGUGGUCGCGCCCACGGCUGGCCCCCCAGUCCCUUCGAUAUGGACACGCAACUCAUCCGUCGCUGCCAACCACGUGGCUGCCGGAUCGUUUGAGACCGCCAUGCAGCUGCUUCAUCGACAAAUUGGUGUGGUCAACUUCGAGCCGCUCAAGCCGCUAUUCCUCAGCAUCUACGCCGGCAGUUCUGCAAGCGUCCCGACGCAAGGCAACAUCGCAUCUUUACGCACAUGGGUGCAGCGGUCGCCAACCGAGCCGAUUGUCGCCACCUCCGUGCACUCGUUGGUGAACGUGCUCAAGGAAACGUACCGAAGUUUCACUGGUGCGAAAUUUGACGAAGUGGCGACCCUGAGCCAGUCGAUUCUGCACGCUAUCCCGCUCCUGUCGGUCGAAUCAAAGGAACAGGCCGCGCAAGUCAAGGAACUCGCCGUCAUUUGCCGCGAGUACCUGCUCGCGUGUCGCAUCCGUGCGCAGCUGAACGAGGUGCCGCUCGAGUCAAACCCGAAGCGCAACAUUGAAUUGAGCGCGUACUGGACACACUGCAAGCUCCAGCCGUCGCACAUGGUGCUCACCCUCAAGAGUGCGAUGACCAACGCAUUCAAAGCCAACAACUUUAUCACAGCGUCGUCGUUCUGCGCGCGCUUGCUCGAGAUCCCGGAAGUCAACACAGAACGCAACAUCAAGCUGCAGCAAACGGCCAAGAAGGUCGCCAUGAAGGCGACCAAGGAGGCCCGCAACGAGCAUCAGGUCGACUACAGUGACUCGAAGGGGUUUACGCUCUGUGCACGCACCCUCACGCCGCUGUACACUGGCGCUGGCAACGAUACCCGUUGUCCUUACUGCGCCGCCUCGUACCAAGCGCAGUUCCAUGGCUCUCUUUGCGACAUCUGCGGCAUCUCCAAGAUCGGCGAAGAAACUCUCGGCCUCGUGAUUUCGCCGUAGUUAACUAUUGCCUGCAUCCAUACCAACACUCUCACGUUUCUGCAGACCUACA